AUGGUUGUAGAUUUGAGCAUCGUCCUUUGUCUUUGGGACAACCCAACCUUCACGGCCUCCAACUUCGAACUCAGUGCAAUUGACACCACAGAAAAGAAUCAUGCAAAGGAAAAGAAGGUGGUAUGGGAGAUAAUGGGGUUGGUCACGUUGGACUUAAAAAGAGACCUCAAGUUGAAAAUGGGGUUUGUUAACGAGGAGAUCAAGGUUGUUGAGUGA